AUGGGAAUGGGUAAAGCUGGGUUGCUAAAUUUCAUUCGCACGACUGGAGAGAAGAUACUGCUCCCGAAACCGUUUCAGAUUGCUAUGAUUGGUCUUGAUAGCUCGGGGAAAACAUCGAUUUUGUAUCGCUUGAAAAUGAACGAAUUCGUGCCGACGGCACCGACAGCGGCGUUUAAUAUGGAACGGGUAAAGUUAGCCAAAAAUACGAGACUCGCAAUUUGGGAUGUAGGAGGUAGCGAAAACAUAAGACCGUUGUGGAGGACUUACAUGCGACAAGCUGAUGGAAUAGUGUUUGUUGUUGAUUCGACAGAUCGAAAGAGGAUCGAAGAGAUGCGAGAGGAACUUUGUCUUGCUUUGAACGCUUGCCUAAAAGAACGCGUGCCUGUCUUAAUAUUUGCUAACAAACAAGACUCGCAUUUUGCAGUAGACCCUGCAGAUUUAACUGAAAUUUUAGAGUUAAAAAAUUUGAAGGAAAAGAACCCUUGGAUCUUGCAAGCGUCUAGUGCUAAAACAGGUGACGGUGUAAAAGAGGGUUACGUGCGUUUAGUUGCUUUGAUAGACGAGAGAAGAGCUGUGCCGAAAGAGAAGGCCUCAACUGCAGGGUCGUUCUCACCAACGCCCAAAGCAUCGGAAUUUAUUUGA